CAAGAAAACAUGAUGAAUAUUAAAAUAUGGCUGGUCUGUUUGUUACUCUUCCUAAGCUCAGUAACAGCUGCAGCCCCACCAGCAUCAUCAUCAUCAUCACGACAACAAGAACUACUACCAGGACCAGAAGGACCAAGGGAAAUGACAACAAAAACGGAAAAGAAGAAAAAUGAAGAAACUGAAGAAACUGAAAAAUCACUUUCUAAAAGUACUUCAGACAAGCAGAAAUCAGAAAGUAGACAUCAAUCUUCAGAUGAUGAUAAGGACGUUGAAACAUAUUUUAUUACAGGAAAAUCUCAAUCAACAUAUAAAACAAAAGAUGCUGGAAAACUUAGAGCAGAAGGCCGAUUUCGUUCACGUGGUAUUGGUCGUUAUGGGACUAUAUCAUCUGAAGGCACUAAGUAUAGCAUUGAAGGUACUUUUGACAGAUAUGGUAGAAAAAGGCCUACUAAAUCAAAGUUUAAAACAUAUGGAAGAGAAAAGAGAUACGCGAAGAAAAUUGUUGAUAAUAGAUUUGAUAUUAAUGGAAAAGUACUUGAAGAACGUAGACAUAGAAAAACAGGUGAUUAUGAAGCUAAGGGGACUCAUGCUCGUUUUAAUGUUCGGAAUGAGGAUGAAAAGAAUACACGAGAUACUUCAAGAAAUCAAAAUAAAGAAGUGGAUAAGUCAAAGAAAAAAGAAAAAACGAAAAAAAAGGAAGUUGAAAAAGAGGAAAACACAUUGCCUGUAAUUCCGGGAGUAUGA